CGACGUAACCAACUCUUUUGGUCAUCCUGACAGUCUACACCUGGACCGCUGCUUCUGGUCCUAUUCAACAAAUCAAAAGGUUUUAUAAUACGUUCAGAGAGCUUUCAAGUUCAAUAAUGGGGACUGUCAAACCUAGAAAUGUCCCCCCUAGCGCAGGCUGGACAUCCUAUGAUGAUUGGGAUUAUAACGGCAUGAAAGAACGUCUUGAGAGAUUCAUGAGUAUUAUCAACAAAUCCUCUCUGGUGGAGCAUACUCAACUCAUUAUCGGUCAACCGGUCUCGAUCAGUGAAGCUUUCUCUGCUGGGCAAUUCUGGUGCUGCUUCGAGCUGCUGGCGGUCGACGGCCGCCUCAUCAUUGCACGCGUGCGGCUCCCCAGGCAUCCCGAUAGCAGUGACAGCGCCAAUGAGCAUUCUGAGUUGUAUUCGAUCGAUUGUGAGGUUGCGCAAAUGAAGUUCCUUCAUGAGAACGUUACGGGUGUCCCGUUCCCCAAACUCUACGCAUAUGAAGGUCCAGUGUCGCAAAGGGCAGCAAAUGUUGGCGCUGCCUACAUGCUCAUCCAAGGGUUUUACGGCAACACUAUGCAAGAUGUGCAAUUUAAUAUUUGCGAGCUUCCGAUCUCAACGCAGGAGCACAUUAUCACCCAGUGGACUUCCGUCCAGGCCGAGCUAGCAACUUUCACAUUUCCACAAAUUGGUUCAAUCUCCCAUUUCUCCAAAGACACUGGUGCUAUCAUUGGCAAACUCUCUACAGCCGUAGCAGAAGGCCUCUCAGAUGAAGGCCCCUUUACGGAAACCUGGGACUAUUUCGCUGCUGUUGCGGAUGCCAGAUUCCGUCAAGCCUGCAGGAGUGAUGUCGCUGACGAUGGCAGCAACACAUUUACAAGGCUGGGUCCUUUCGUGUUUAAAGACAUCGUGCACAAUACAACCCUCUUCAAAAGUGGUGGCGGGCCAUUCCACCUUGACCAUAUGGACAUGGGAACGCAGAAUAUUCUCGUCGACCAGGACUUCAAUUUCCUCGCCAUAAUCGACUGGGAAUUUGCUCAGGCGGCGCCUUGGGAGGUCAUUCAUUACCCGAUGCCCUUUCCGCUCAUCGCUGCCGACGCGAAGACCGACUACAUUCUACAAAACCCAGACCACAUAGCACACCGCAACGUGUCCCGCCAAGUUGCAGCACGGAAAAUGUACAAACAGAAGUUUCGAGAUGCGGAGCAGGCACUCGAGAGUAAAGGAAGACCCUUACAGAAAUCGAUAGCCGAUGUGCUAGACGGGGCUGCAUCCAGAAUCUACGCCCUACUCGAAAAAGUCGGUGUUUUCCAAGGCAUGGAGGAAGAACUUACGUACGAGAUGGUGCGAUUAGCUUAUGGAUUUGAUGGUGACGAGGCCAAGAAGUAUCUCAAUGAGAUGGAAGCCAAAAUGAAGGGGGAAAUGACCAGUGUCUAGCAGAAAAAGAAGGUUGAGAUCAAGUUUGCUGCCUAGCAAUCCAAAGAUAUAUAUUUGUAGCAUGUUGAAUGCGCUGCUCCAAAUCAUUCCAAUGCCUCCAACAUCAAAUGCCACAACAAACGAAUGUUCUGCAUAUCCCCAAGCAGACCAAACCCGUCCAACACAACUAGCCCAUCAAGAGUAGUUGCAGUCCUCGCUUGAUGUUCUACCUAGAUUUGACAAUUGUCAUGAGCAUGUACGUUCAGAUAAGGAGAACAUUAAGUGCACGUACUUGGCGCAGGUGUGCGAGGUACCCUGUUUGUAGACUACACCACACUUGGAGCAAAUGCUCUGAUUGUUCGAGGACUUUCCAAGCCCUGGCGCUGGCGGUUGAGCCACAGCAUUGUUCGUAGAGAGAUUUUCGAUCUGGUUGAGCAUGGUUUCUGGUGACUGAAGUGACACGGAAGGAUAUAGUAUCAGGGUUUGUUGAUAAGAUAAGCUGAUGAUAAAUACUGUAG